AUGGGCACUCAUUCGCCAGAUAGUACGGAUCUUCUGUACUUUGUGAAGCUAGAUUUUCUGGGCGGCUGCAAGGAACUCGAGAAGGCGGUAUCCAAACACGUCCAGAGGCUCGAAGCCGAAAUUAGCGACCUGGUGGGGGAAAGAGAUAGCUUGAAACGACAAUUGAAUGAUUUGGAAAUGAAAGGGGAUAGUAUGGUAGCAGAUAUGAUCAAACUGAUGAGGGAGAAGGAUGAUUUAAAAAGCGAAAGGGACACAUUAACUGUGGAAAAGAAUGAUUUAAAGGUUGAAAGGGAUAUAUUGACAGUCGAAAAGAACGAUUUAAAGGUGGAAAGGGAUACUCUAAUAACAGAAACGAAUGAUUUAAAAACAGAAACGAAUGAUUUGAAGAUAGAAAAGAACGAAUUGAUAGCAGAGGGAGACAACUUAAAAACGGAGGUCAAAAAUCUGAUAACACAGACGACGGUUUUGGUAACAGAGAAGAACGAUUUAGAAACAGAGGUCAAAAAUCUUUUGACGGAGACAACAGUUUUGGUAACAGAAAAAAACGAUUUAAAAACAGAAGUCGAAAAUCUGACAACGGAGAAAACGGGUUUGGUAACAGAAAAAGAUGAUUUAAAAACGGAAGUCACAAAUCUGAAAACAGAGACAAUAGUUUUGGUAACUGAAAGGGACGAUUUGAUAACUGAAAAGAACACUGUGGUAACAGAAAGAAACGAUUUGAAAACAGCGGUGGAAGACCUAACAAAAGAAAAGGACGAAUUUGCUACACAACAGGUGCAUUUGAAAACAGCGGUGGAACAUCUAAUAACAGAGAAAGUGAAAUUUAUAAGACAAAGAGACAACUUGAAAGAAGCAGUGGUUAUUCUGGUAGAGGAAACGAAACAUUUGACAAUCAAAAACAACAAUUUGGAAACAGAGAAAAACAAUUUGAAAACAGAAACGAACAAUUUAAAAACAGAAGCGAACAACUUGAAGAUAGAAGCGAACAACUUGAAAAUAGAAGCAAACAAUUUGCACAUACAAAAGAACUACUGGAGGGCAGAGAAGACCAAUCUGAUAACAGAAAGGGAUAAUUGGGAACUAGAGAGGGCCAAUCUAAUAAAAGAAACGGACUUUCUUAAGGCUGAAAAGGCUAGACUGGAAGCAGAGAAGAAAGAACUGUCAAAAUUAGGUAACUCACACCUUAAAGAAUUGCGAGGAAUUAAUGAAGAGUUGCAACAGGCCAAAAUUUUUUAUCAAGACCAUAGUAUCAAACCAAGUACAAGCUCUAAGAUAUGCGUGCUUCAGGUUAAGAUAUGUGUGCUGAUACCAGAGAGGAGCCAGUGA